GGCCCACAAGGAGCUUGAGUCCUGAUCGGUCGACACGUACGACAGAGUUGAUAUCUCUCUAGGGAAGUAGACCGCCCGGGAUUAGAACAAAAAAAAAAUCGUCUUGUCGAGGAUAUUCAAGAGCAGUCGAACCAUCAAGAUCCACGUGUGUGUCUCAAAAAAAGAUUUUAUCUCCAAGGAGGUUUUAAAUCCGGACGAUCAGAUAACUCGUCAUUAAGAAGCGCUACAAAACACUCUCUUCCGGGUCGUCAUAGGAAAGGAAAGAAAGUGGCGGAAAAGGAAACGAAAACGAGUAUUUUUUAGUGAAGAAUCUUGUGAUUGUGUCGGAAAAUGAUUUAUAUCAGCGCAACGACGUACUUUUUGCUUGCCGUCACUCUUGUGGCUUUGAUCUUGAUCCUGGUGGAUCACAUCAGAUCGAGAAAGACGCCAAAGAAGUUGUACGAUGGCGAGGAGGCGUCCGUUCUAUUGGACCCACCGGGACCCAAGCCGUGGCCGAUCCUCGGCUCUCUUCAUAUCUUGGGACGCUACGAUGUGCCUUACAAGGCCUUCGCCGAUCUCGUCAGGGUCUACGACAGUCAGGUGAUCAAGCUCAAGAUGGGCUCCGUGCCCUGCGUCGUCGUCAACGGUCUGGAGAACAUCAAGGAAAUCUUGAUCGCCAAGGGCCACCACUUUGAUUCCCGACCAAACUUUAUCAGAUAUCAUCUUCUUUUCGGCAACAAGGAGAACUCCCUGGCGUUCUGCAACUGGUCGGACGUUCAGAAGACACGAAGAGAAAUGCUGCGAGCGCACACCUUCCCCCGUGCCUUCACCACACGAUACAACCAACUGAACGGUAUCAUCGGUGCCGAGGUAGAGCUGCUGGUCGAUCAUCUCAAUGGCAUUGCUGGCAAGAGCCUGCACACCAAGCCGCUUAUCAUGCACACGUGCGCAAACGUCUUCCUCAAGUACUUCUGUUCGCGCAGCUUCCCCCUCGGCGACGUAUCCUUCCGCGAGAUGGUCGAGAAUUUCGACAAGGUGUUUUACGAGGUGAACCAGGGCUACGCCGCGGACUUUAUGCCGUUCCUGAUGCCGCUGCACCAGAGAAACAUGACGAGGAUGAUUAAUUGGACUCACGAAGUCAAGCGAUUCAUGGAGAAGUACGUCAUCGGGGACCGUCUGGUCAACUGGAAAUCGAUCAUGCCCGAGGAAGAUUACGUGGACUGUCUGAUCAAUCACAUCAAGACCGACGCCGAGCCUAAGAUGAGCUGGGACAUAGCAAUGUUCGCGCUGGAGGACAUCGUAGGAGGUCACUCGGCUGUCGGCAAUCUCCUCGUCAAGAUACUCGGAUACCUGGUCACCCGACCGCACGUGCAGAGAGCGGCGCAGAUGGAGAUCGACGGAGUAGGGACUCCGGGCAGAUUCGUCGGCCUCGAGAACAGGGGAAAAAUGCCAUACACGGAGGCCAUCGUUCUCGAGGCGAUCAGACUGAUCGCCAGCCCGAUCGUACCGCACGUGGCCAAUCAGGAUAGUUCCGUGGCCGGCUACAAGAUCGAGAAGGACACGUUUAUCUUCCUGAACAACUACGACCUGAAUAUGUCGGAGGAGCUGUGGACAUCUCCUGAGGAGUUUAUGCCAGAGAGAUUCGUACAGAAUGGCAAACUCUUGAAACCGGAGCACUUCCUACCCUUCGGCGGCGGCCGGAGAUCCUGCAUGGGCUACAAGAUGGUCCAGUACAUCAGCUUCUCAACGAUAGGCACUCUGCUGAAGAACUUCAACAUACUGCCAGUGGAGAAGGAGAACUACAAAGUCCCCAUCGGCAACCUGGCGCUUCCGGAGAAGAGUUUCAACUUCCACUUCGAGAGACGGUAGGGUAGGAAGACGACGACGAAAAGCGAAUCCGGUCGGGUCGACAAAGUCGGAAUGCGAUUAUUUCGACUUCUCGUCGAAUAAUCGAGAAUGACAUUCGACAUCUGUGUCGAUUCGAUCACGAGCUGGGCUCCCGAAAAUUUCGCUGCCGAUCGCGGAAUGCAAGGUUGAAAAGACGAUAUUCGAUGUCGUCAAACGAUGGCGACAGGACGUAAGCGUUUCAUGCGUCGGCGGAGCUUUUAUUAAAUAUUACGGAGAACCAGUAGCUAAAAAGAGGCUUUUGACUUGAAUGAAGCUUUACUGAUGUUAGGGAGGGUUAGAAACGGAAAUGAGUGUGGAAGAUAUUCGAUUUCCGCCAAUAGAGCUUUACUGACAUUAUUAGAUCGUUAAGAUAGCUAAUUGGAUCGCUCCUCGACUCAUGCCCUAGGCGCAAGAAAGCGCGGAGCCCAGUUUCGAUUUUUUUUAAUCAUCCUCUAUAUUUUGUUAAUUAUCUUAUAUUUUGUGAGAUUUGGAUUUAAUUGACAGUUAUACGAUUUGAUUCAAUUUGAAAAGUAUUAUAGAUAAUAGGUAGAAAUUAAUUUGAGCGAACAUUUAAUGUCAAUCCUGAAAUUUUAAUCUUGUGUGUUAAUUUAUAUUAGGAGAUCUUUAAUUUCUUGUUCUAAGUCGAUUGGUUAAAAAUUGCAGCGAUGAAUUAUCGCAUACAAAGCUACGAGAUCAUUCACGAUAUUCUCGCUGAAUCAAGUGAUAGAUGGCCAUUAAGACUCGACCAUGAACGAGAAUUGUUUUGGAGAAAUCAUCACGCCUCGCUUAUUAUUUGGCGAAUGCUCAUUCGUAAGGUGAGAUCCCUCUCGUUGACAUGUUAACAAAAUGGAUAUCACAACAGAGAGAGUGCUAGGGCUUAAGUCCGGACGAUUCACGCGUAUAUAUAACUUCGGUUUAACAUUUAAAGAUAAUCGAAGAAGAAGAAGACUGAACAAUAGCACCUUCGUUUAAACGUAUAUUAACACAAUGGCAUUUAUCUCUUGUCAAAGAAUGCGCGGUUUCGUGUUACAAGCUUCGAAAUCUAUUCGCAACAAUGAAUUUUGCGAAAGAUUUUAUUUUUAUUUUCACGAUAGAAAAGCGCGAAUUUUGUAUUUCUCAUGCGUGUAAAUUCUGCGUCGUAUAUUGCGCUCUCAUUUCUUCUUCUUCUUGUCAUAUUGAACGACUUGUAGCGUUAUUAAAUUAUAAUACGCGCACGUAUUUCGUUGUUGUAUAUCGUCGCUUAAAAAAUCUCAUGACGUAAGAUGGUGCGAAGUAAUUUUUUUUUAGGAACACGGGAGCAGACAGGGGAGAAAAGAAAUGUAAAGGGUCGCGUUAAAGAACAAAACUGCGAAGACACGACGUCGUUUUCUCGAAAUGUUCGAAUUCUCGAUUUUUGACAAAUAAUAUUUCUCUUCCUGUACUACCUCGCAGGUAAUAAUUUAUUUUGA